UAAAGGAGGGCUGGGAGGCAGGGAGGGAAGGACAGCCCAGCAGCACCCCAAGGACACAGGAGGAGGAGGAGGAGGAGGAAGGAGAAGCCCCUUUGGAAGCAAAAGGCUAAAUAAUACAGGGCCAAGAAAGGGCUGGAAAUGCCCCAAAACGUCCUCCUCCCAGGACCAGCGCCAUGGGGCUUCAGGCUGACUGGAGGGACAGACUUCAACCAGCCCCUCCUCAUCUCCAGGAUUACUCCGGGAAGCAAAGCUUCACAAGCAAAUCUAUGUCCCGGUGACAUCAUUAUAGCUAUUGAUGGCUAUAGCACAGAGAACAUGACUCACAAUGAUGCACAGGAGAGAAUUAAAGCAGCCUCACAUCAGCUGUGUUUGAAGAUUGAAAGAGGAGAGACAAAAUUGUGGUCUCCACAAGUAUCAGAAGAUGGGAAGCCGCAUCCAUUCAAAAUAAACCUGGAAGCUGAACCACAGGAAUUCAAGCCUAUUGGUACAGCUCACAACAGGAGAGCCCAGCCUUUUGUUGCGGCUGCAAAUCUGGAUGACAAAAGGCAGGUGGUGAGUUCUGCCUAUAACUCUCCAAUUGGGCUGUAUUCAUCUGGCAAUAUACAUGAUGCUCUCCAUGGACAGCUGCGGGGCCUAAUACCAAACGCCUCUGAAAAUGUAUGCAGUACUCCUUCUGGUAUUGACGGCGGCAGCGGACGUAGCACGCCCUCUUCAGUUAGCACUGUUAGCACUAUUUGUCCAACUGAGUUGAAAGCUGCAGCUAAGAUGGCCCCCAACAUUCCUUUAGAAAUGGAACUUCCUGGUGUCAAGAUUGUACAUGCUCAAUUUAACACACCUAUGCAAUUGUAUUCAGAUGACAAUAUUAUGGAAACACUGCAAGGGCAGGUUUCUACAGCACUGGGGGAAGUAACCCCAAUAAGUGACCCAGUCCCACCAGCGGUGCCCCAGUCUGACGUUUACAGAAUGCUCCAUGACAAUCAGCAAGGACCUAGUCAGCCACGCCAGUCUGGUUCCUUUAAAGUGCUCCAAGACAUGGUCUCUGAAGAGUCUGAUGGAAGGCCCGUUGGUACAAGGAGUGUGAAGGCACCAGUAACAAAGGUGGCUGCUGGUGGAGGAAGUGUACCUAAAGUGCCUUUGUGUGACAAGUGUGGAAAUGGAAUUGUCGGUCCAGUUGUUAAAGCACGAGAUAAGCACAGGCAUCCAGAAUGUUUCGUGUGCUCCGACUGUAGCCUCAACCUGAAGCAGAAAGGCUACUUCUUUGUGGAGGGGCAGUUAUACUGUGAAACUCAUGCAAGGGCUCGCAUGAGGCCCCCAGAGGGAUAUGAAGCUGUCACUGUUUAUCCCAAGGCUUAACUGUUUGGAGAUGGAAAUAUCUGCAUGCACACAUAAAGUGAUGUCAGCUUACACCAGCAACGCAACUGCCUGGAUCCAGCCUACUUGCUCUUUAAAAUUGGGGAGGGGGGAUGGAGAAGUUGGGGAAGGAUGAUAUUUCUGAUAGCUCAUGCUGGUAUGUGUAUAUAUGUGUGUGUGUGUGUGGAACAGUUUCGAAGGUUUUGCUACCAUGCCUACCAAUGUAAUAUGACAGAAGAUAAUGUUAAGAUGAUAUACUGUACUAUAUUAAACAGCCGCUGAAUACUUAGAUGUUUA